CCCGCGCCAUUUUCGGAUGCUCUGGCCUGGGUCAAGACAGCUCCGUCACACUGACCCUCGUCUCGCAGUCCGGCCAGAUGGUCAGUCUGGGCACCUGCACGCGGACUCUGACCUGCACCCUCAGGCACACGGCGGUCAGCAGCCUCGUGCGGCCAGCGGCCACCUUUGUCAGCAUGGAGCUGUACGCCACUAGAGCUAUGGCCGGCAGACUAGUCUGCUCCCAGGUCUCCAGCAACGGCGCCACGGAUUCCGCCAACUGCGACCACGAUGUUGUGUCUCCCUUUGAAAUGAUGGAGAUCAAUGUCAAUACAAACCUCGAGGACUGGACCUUGACUGCUGACUUCUCCACCUCAAAAGUCUUUUCUGCCCUUGGCGUUUAUGAUGUGGACAUCCGGGAGAACAUCGCUGGGAUUUCUGACGUCUACUUUCAUCGCCUGAGUUCCACGACUACACAAACUUCCCUGACGGCGUACAACUUGAGUUCAACUGAGUACUACAGGGGAAAGCUGACUGCCAAGUGGUCGAUGCCCAGCAGAGGCGGUAACUACUAUUACACAGCAGACCUCGUCCCUUCCAGACAAACAGGAGUGAGAAUUCACCCGAAGAAUGAUGGAUGGAUGAACAUACUAGAACCAGAGCCACCACAAACAAACUGUCCCCUGACCUUUAUUCCGGAAGUGGGCCCGUUCAACUGUCAAUGUAGCACGAAGUCGUUGGGAAGGCCAGCCGGCAGACUGCAGUGGCUUGUGGGAAAUGACGUCAUUGCCUCUGGCGGAUAUGGCGUCACGGAGCUGCAGCUGCCCACGAACCGCGUGAACCGGAUGCACGAUGGCAUGCAAAUCAUUUGCCAGUUGGACUGGGUGGUCAAGCAACAUGUGUUUGUGACAGGCAGUGUGGCGUACGGUCCGAAAGAUCUGAGAAUUAAGGUUCAUUCGAAAAACUGUCUGGUCAUCGCGACAUGCACCGUGGACGACGUGAAACCCUUCUCAAGUGACCUGGUGCAGUGGGGUGGGCUGUGUCAAGGGCAGCGAGGGACCGUCUGCACGUUCACGUCUCGAGGCGAGGAAGAUAAUGGGAAGGAGGUCACGUGCACAGUCAUCAACCAAGCUAAUAAUGGACACACCGUCAGUUCCAGGGCGAAGGUGACGGUCUCAGCUUGCGGAGAUAAAGGCAAUGAUGUGGCCGCCAAUAACACUGUCAUCGUUGUCCAGUCUGACAGUGUCAUCGUGUCCAAGAGCGUGGCUAUCAGCUUCAGCGUGAGCUUGAGUAUCACCGUGGCCAUCGAGUUGUUCCUACGUGUGGGCCUAAAGUGGAUUACAAAAGGCAGGAGAAGAGAUAACAAUCAAGGUAGAAAUGACGGCUCUUCAAUCUGGACCUCACAGGCAUGAUCAGGACUCAGGCAUCAAGUUAAGGAAGAAUAAAGAUAAAAAACGCUGAAGAAAAUAAACGAAGAAGAAGGGCACUGCGAAAGGAUACUCGAUUUCAAUGGCCCGAGAGUAGCACUACAGUUUGUACUGUGACCAUUCAGCACAAGGACGGAAAAUAUGAGAUAGGCGGCACUUUAUAAAACUGAAAACACUUGAGAUUUAUUGAUUUGAGUUCCUUUGAAGAAAAUUUGUAAAAAACAACAACAAACCAAAUCCAAAACAAAUAAUAA